AUGACUCCAUCUUAUGCUCUCAAUGCAGUUGAUAUUUUGCUGAGAGAUAUAAUGAACAUGGAUGCACCUUUUGAAGGAAAAAUUAUGAUACUCGGUGGAGAUUUUCGACAAGUGCUUCCGGUCAUUCGAUUUGCAAACAGAUCAGAAUUAAUUGCAGCAAGUCUCAAAAGUUCCAACCUUUGGCCUUACUUCAAAGUCAUGCAUCGACACCAGAACUUGAGAACAGGACCACGUGAAGAAGAGUUCUCAAAGGGGCUUAUUAAACUUGGCAAUGGUGAAUUAACAUCGAAUGAAGACGAUGAAAUCGAAUUACCUGGCUCCUUUUCAAAAAAUGAACAUUCUCUCUUGGUCAAUGAAGAAGUUCUUCAACGAGUACCCGGAGUAAAAAAAAUGUACACAAGUGUGGAUGAAGCAGACUGUGAAGAUGGUGAUGAUGUUACCAACUAUCCUACAGAAUUUUUGAAUAGUCUUACACCAUCAGGAAUGUCUCCUCAUAAACUUAAACUAAAGAUCGGUGUAAUUGUUAUGCUUCUUCGCAACCUCUAUGUUCAUCAAGGUCUACGCAAUGGAAUUCGCCUCAUCGUUCGACGUUUACUAAAUCACACGAUUGAUUGUGAAGUCGCAACUGGAUCUAACAAAGAAAAUCGAGUUCUAAUACCAAGAAUUACUUUGACACCGUCUGAUCCAUUUUUGCCCUUUAAAUUAAGUAGACAUCAAUUUCCAUUCGACUCUCAUUUGCUAUGA